AUGCCUGAACAAAUUUAUCAUUGUAAAUCAAAUAUUGAAAUGGACCAUUCCAUAAAUACAUCGAUUGACUACUACUACAGGGUAAAAUCUACACCUGCGACUAUUAACCAGGAUACCGUUUUCACAGAGAAAACUCAAAGAAGUGAUCACUCUGACGACGAAGAGAUCUACCAGCAGCAUGCAACAACACCGAGCAGAGAAGCAAACUUUUCACCUGAAAAGAUUAUCUAUUCUCCAAUUGAUUUCAAACAUCAAUGUCUCCUGAAUAGAGAAUCACCAGCACCAGAAGCCAAAAAAGCAGUCACAUCUGAUGAUAUGCAUGAAACUGUUUUAGAGGAGUGUGAAAAUGACCAAAACACAAUCACACAUCCUCCUCUUUCUCCUCCUCCUCUUCUGUAUACCUACGAGUCAUUAGAACUUUCAGAAUUACAUAAAACUGACACAAAGAUACAAGAUGUACUAGUUUCACAACAAAUUUCAUCGAAAUACGCCAAUUCAUUCCCAAUACCAACACAAGUUGAAGUUGAUGUUGUACUCGGUUCUACCACUGAAUGUGCAAUCAAAGACGACGAAGUUCAUCAUGAGAAGAAGAAGAAGAAGACGAGGAAUAAAAGUCAUGAAAGUGAAUCAUCGAAUUAUGAUCAUUAUCAUCAUUGUCAUAUUCCAUUGAAUGACAUAAGAUCACAAAGUGAGUGUACAAUACAAUUGGAGGAGUCAAUAGUUCUAUCAAGACAAACUUGUCGUGAUUCAGACUCUGUUGUUACUAUGACACAAUCUAAGAUGACAACGGCUUCUAGUGACAAUCUAGAAAAUGACUCAGUACUACUUGAGAAAGACUUCAAUCUGUCUACAACAUCAUCUGAAAGUGAUAUGCACGAACAGAGAACAACGCCUGUUAACAUUGAAGUUGAUCUCUCCAAUUCUCAAUCUGACGCCGUCCAUUGUAAUUCUCAGCCAACAACAGAUGAUGAGGUGAUCUCCAAUCGAAGGAAGCUUGACCAAGUGGUAGAAAUAAAUCCAACCAUGAUGAAAAAGGAAAAAUUCUUGAAGUACGCCUCCUCAUUGAAGACAACAACAAGUAAGCUUCCACAUGACAAUUUCAUCACAGAUGACAACAAAAUGUAUCCAGAAGAGACACCUUCAGAGAUUUUACACUUGAACAAAGUACCAGUAGUCGAGAUGAAGAAUCCAAUAACCGAACCACUUGAUGAAAACACUGCAACAAUCAAAGAAUCUUCGACACCAGUGCAUAUGAAGGAAGUCAUACAAGAAAAUUAUACACACGAACAACAACACCAACAACAACAACCAGACUUUACCGCAACUGACAUACGACCAUCGAAUCUCACUGGCGGCUAUUCUAACAAACUAGACAAGACAAGUAGAAUCAUCCAAUGGGAAAAUGUUCAAACUAACGAGGUGUACACAACUGUUGAUUUUGUAUAUAAGCAACAAGACACCACCACUACUGAUGAUGAUGAUGACAAUGAUGAAAUGACUGUGAUGAAUCGAAAUACAAUGACAAUACCGACAUCAUCUCACUACGAUGAAUCAUUGACAGAAACAGACGACGACAUUCAGAUAUCAUUUGGACAACAUACACCAUAUCAUCACAAUAAAUCCACUGGUGGAAUCAAUAACACACAGGAUACAACUGUGGAAAAUGAAGAAGAAGGAAGAAGAAAGUGUCGUGGAACAGGAACACCAGGACAUGAAGUGAAUUUCAAACAGGAGGAUGUUCAAAACGACAGCAUAAUAAUAACAACUCAAAGAAGUCUUCUGCAUCAGAAACAGUCACUACAUGAAUCAGAAGAAAACAUUUGCAAUGAGAAGAAUGAUGAUAAGCAUAGUGUAGUGGCGAUAGUGGCAGUGAAACAUUCGAUCACAAAAGACCAACUCAUCCGCAUCCAGCACAAAAACCAGUGA